GUUGAUAAAGGUCAUCCACUUGAAAAGUCAAUCAGUGGCUCUGCCCAUCUACACCUCUAACCUGAGUAACCUGACCCUUAUAGAUGAAACACAGAAACAGACCCGCGCAGCCAUGGAUGCCAAGAAAAAUGCACGGAAACAGAAGUCUACAGAAAACAACACUGGUGCUGACAGGGAGGAAGAGGUUCCCAUAGUAAUGCCAAGGAAAAAGGCUAAAGUGGAGAAGCCGACCAAGAAGGGACUUGUGAAGGUACCCAAACCAACAGGAGGAAAGGUAGAAAAUGACCAAGAAGGCUGCAAAAAUACCCUCACAAAAUAUGAAAAGAGAAGUACCUAAAUCUUUGUCUGUUUGUCAACUCAGUGGAACACAACUCUCCUUUCUCUCCUCAUUGCUACCUGUGUAUUACUCCCCCCUUCUCUAAAUGGAACUCUGACUUCAUUAUACUGAUAUAAAAAGGACUGGUUCUAAAUGUAUAUAAACUGUCAAUGUUAAUUGAUCCAAGGACAAACUCAAAUGUGUUGCAAAUCUUUGUCUGCCCCAUAAAAGGGUAUUGUUCAAAAUAAUAUUUUGUAUAAGCCCAACUUGUAAAUUAAAAUAUUACCACAAAGUA